GGAAAGGGCUUCCGUGGAUUUUAACGCUACGUCAGCCUUUCAGCUAAAAACCUUUUUCUCAAGACAUACGUGGCCAGAAACAUCAGCCGGUCAGAUUGUCAACACCUGACGCUAAGCAGAAAACCCCACUGUACCACCAUGGAUCAAGUAAUGCAGUUCGUGGAGCCCAGUCGGCAAUUCGUGAAGGACUCCAUCAGACUGGUGAAAAGGUGCACAAAACCCGACAGAAAAGAAUUCCAGAAGAUCGCCAUGGCAACAGCAAUUGGAUUUGCCAUCAUGGGCUUCAUCGGAUUCUUUGUCAAACUCAUCCACAUCCCCAUCAACAACAUCAUUGUUGGCGGCUGAAUGCUGUUGUGCUGUCUUUAUAUGGAAACCGUGCUGACGACUGACUAGAAUGAGUGGACAAUUUCUACGUUUUUGUGUUAAAUGUUUUCUGUUUGUUAAUAAAUGAUCAAGUGGGGAAAAUGG